GGUGGUUUCAUCAAAGCCAAGGCAAAUUGGGCUGGUGUGUGCAUGUAGUCAAUCCCAUAGAAGCACAUCGCGACCUCUCUCUGACCUCGCCUUUCCACCGGGCCCCUGUCACUUUAGAAUUUACUGCGGGUAGCACCGCUCAACUUCCGAAUGCGGACAGGCAGGAUAGCCCGUUUUGCAUUGCUCUCUAUGGAUGGGCGAGCAAGAUCCUCUUUAAGAGACAGUCCGUGAAACAGAAACACACACAUCACACAGUACGGGACGCGCAAGUAGGUGGGCGAUCCUUCCAUCUCACUAUCACGCGCCGGGAGGAAGAGAGAAAGGAAAAAGUUGAAUCGUCGCGCGCUCCGCUGCCCGGACACCUGGGAACAGUGGAGGUUCAGAGAGAGAGGAGAGGACGGGACGGACUCGCGCUGACAGGCUCAACUUGAACCAAGUUAAUUGUAUCCAGGGAUUAUGCCGGUGUCUACAUGACAAUAAGUGAGAGAGAGGAGCAAACGUCUUGUGGCUCGGAGAAAGGGAAAAUACACUGUAAAAUCCCAUGGCGUUUUCAGGAAAACAGGACAACCUACACAUGGAGCAAAAAUAAAUAGCCGAAACAUCUUCCAAUAUUUGCAGUUAUUUUUAAAACAAGAUAUUGGAGUUUUUAAUCAAACGACUUUUUCUUUAUCUCUGCAUACCUCGUAUUUGCAGACAUUUUCUAGAAGCACCAAGUGUGUAAAGGAGUUACCACGAUCUUGAACGGGUCGGGCCAUGCUAAGUUCUGCGUGGCUGCCAGUAAGCCUGAUAUCGGGAGCUGGCUAAAGCACAUCCAGUUUGCCCCCACGGCCCACCAGCACAACGUGACGCGGUGCCAGAUAGAUGAUCAGAUCUUCUACAGAGUGACCCGAGAGAUCCAACCAGGACAGGAGCUGCUUCUGUUCAUGAAGGCAGAGGAGUAUUCAUGUGACAUCAUGGCUCCUGAUAUGCAUGAGGAGAGACAGUAUCACUGUGAAGACUGCGACCAGCAAUUUGAGUCUCGUUCCGAGCUGCUGGACCACCAGAAGGUUCCCUGCGGGACACCGCCCUCUGCCUUCUUGGGGAACCCUGGCGGGGACAGCAGCGACCUGGAGGGUCCCGAGGGCCUAGAGCCCCACGAGCUGCACCCCAGUGACUUCCACCUGUCGCACAGCCUCAGCGACCACAACCAGGACGGCCCCCGGGAAUGUAGAGAAUGUGACCAGGUGUUCCCUGACGCCCAGAGUAUGGAAGCUCACUCUCUGUCUCACUCGGAGGAGAGAGAAUACAAGUGUGACCAGUGCCCCAAGGCCUUCAACUGGAAAUCCAACCUUAUCCGUCAUCAGAUGUCGCAUGACAGUGGCAAGCACUACGAAUGUGAAAACUGCACCAAGCAGGUGUUCACAGACCCCAGUAACCUGCAGAGGCACAUCCGCUCGCAGCACGUCGGGGCGCGGGCUCACGCCUGUCCCGACUGUGGGAAAACCUUUGCCACGUCCUCGGGCCUCAAGCAGCACAAGCACAUCCACAGCAGUGUCAAGCCCUUCAUAUGUAAGUCACUCAGACCCUUCAUAUGCGAGGUGUGCCACAAGUCCUACACACAGUUCUCCAACCUGUGCCGUCACAAGCGCAUGCACGCCGACUGCCGCACCCAGAUUAAGUGUAAAGACUGCGGCCAGAUGUUCAGCACCACCUCAUCCCUGAACAAGCACCGCCGCUUCUGUGAGGGCAAGAACCAUUUCACAGCCGGCGGGUUGUUUGCGCACGCCCAGGGCAUGUCCCUCCCCGGUGCCCCCGGGGCCAUGGACAAGGCCAGUCUGGGCGGGAUGGGCCACAGCAGUGCCAGCCUGGCAGACUACUUUGGGAACCGUCACCACAGCGGCCUGACGUUCCCCGCCGCCCCUGGCUUCCCCUUUAGCUUCCCAGGCCUGUUCUCCUCCGGACUGUACCACCGACCGCCCCUCAUCCCGGCCACCUCCCCAGUCAGACGACCCCCUGGUCCAGGUACGGAGCACAACAAGAGCCCUCUCCUGUCACCCAGCCCUGGAGCCCAGGAGGCCAGAGACUUGCUCAAGAACCUCCGCAAGGAGGUGUCACCCGACAGUGAGACACCACAGGGGGUGGAGCAGCGACCGGCCCAGGGCCCUUCUUCCAAGCAGAGGCAUGGCGGUGGCAAGAUGAGCGACCAGUCUGAGAGCAGUGACCUGGACGACGUGAGCACGCCCAGCGGGAGUGACUUGGAGACUACGUCAGGAUCGGAGCUGGAGAGCGACAUGGAGAGCGAGGGCCAACGGGAGAGGGCCCCCCGGGAGAAUGGGAAGGGGCCCAAGAGGAAGGCGGGCGGAGGCCCCAACUGCCCCACCCCGCUGAACAGUAACCACACCAACGAGUUCCCUGUCGGCUCUGCCCUGUACCCCCCCUCGCUGGACGAGCACACGGCUGUCUCUGGAGCAGUGAACGACUCCAUCAAGGCCAUUGCCUCGAUCGCUGAGAGGUACUUUGGCUCCACGGGGCUGGCGGGCCUGCAGGACAAGAAGGUGGGGGCACUGCCCUAUCCCUCCAUGUUCCCUCUGCCCUUCUUCCCAGCUUUCUCCCCGCCUGUCUACCCCUUCCAAGAGAGGGAGCUAAGACCUCCAGGCCUCAAGGGGGAGCCCCCAUCCCAACCUGAUGAACCCACCAAGAAAGGCCAGAGCAGGACCUCUGAGUCACCCUUUGACCUCACCACCAAGCGCAAGCAAGAAGAUAAGAUCCCAGCCCCCUUCACCUCAAACUCCAAACCAGAGGCUUCCUCGCAUUCUACCAAUCAGGACCAGCCACUGGAUCUGAGCAUGGGCGGCACCAGGAACCGCAGCAGUAGCCGUGCCCCCAGAGGGGAGGAGUCUAAGAGUAAUCAUAUGUUUGGAGAAGACAAGGCAGGGGUGGAGCUUCCUAAAGCUGAUACCUCUCUGCAGCAUGCCCGGCCCACCCCUUUCUUCAUGGACCCUAUUUACAGCAGGGUUGAGAAGAGGAAGAUGAACGAUCCGUUUGAGGCUCUGAAAGACAAGUACAUGCGGCCAGCCCCAGGCUUCCUGUUCCAUCCACAGUUUCGUAUGCCAGAUCAGAGAACCUGGAUGUCGGCCAUUGAGAACAUGGCUGAGAAGCUAGAGACAUUUGGUUCACUCAAACCUGAGUCAGGUGACCUGAUGCGGUCUGUCCCCUCCAUGUUUGACUUUCGAGCCCCGCCCACUGCUCUCCCCGAGACAUUACUGCGCAAGGGCAAGGAGCGCUACACCUGCAGGUACUGCGGUAAAAUAUUCCCACGGUCUGCCAACUUGACCCGCCACUUAAGGACACAUACAGGAGAGCAACCAUACAGGUGUAAGUACUGUGACCGCUCGUUCAGCAUCUCAUCCAAUCUGCAGCGUCACAUCCGCAACAUCCACAACAAGGAGAAGCCCUUUAAGUGUCACCUGUGUGACCGCUGCUUCGGCCAGCAGACCAACCUGGACCGCCACCUCAAGAAGCACGAGAACGGAAACCUCUCAGGCACGGCGGCUUCUUCCCCGAGGUCAGAGUUGGACAGCAGCAGUGCCAUCCUGGACGACAAAGAAGACUCCUACUUCAAUGAAAUACGAAACUUCAUCGGCAACACAGGCCAGACGGAGCCGUCCCCUGACCAUUCUGAGGAAGGGUUAAACAGUGGUCCCUUCGAGGAGGAGAAGCCCCUGAUGGUCAGUCACACGUCACAUGACCUGGAUGAGGAGGAAGGGGAGGAGCUUGGCGGCGAGGAGGAUGAAGGGGAGCACAGCGACUCUGCGGCUGGGAAACCUGGAGACGAGGCUCUCCCAGACAACCUAGACGAUGAAAUCAUACACAAUGAUAUAGACUUUGACGGACCAAGUGAUUUGGAACUCAACUGUAAGACCUCCCCAAGGAGGUACGAGGAAGAGGAUCAGAGUAGCUACUCUGCGCUGGAUCACAUCCGUCACUUCUCUGACAUGCGGAAGAUGGAGGACAGUGAGUUCAGUGACGGGGACAGCACCUCCUUUCGCUCCCCCAGCCUGUCUGACGCUGUCAAACAGCCCCUGUACAGAAAAUCCAAGUCCCAGGCAUAUGCCAUGAUGCUUUCUCUGGCUGACAAGGACGCACUCCACCAAGCCAAUCACACGCCAGCCACCAUGUGGCACAGCCUGGCCCGGGCCGCUGCCGAGUCCAGCGCCAUCCAAUCCCUCAGUCACGUAUGAUACUCUGACCCCGCCCCCACCUCCUGACCCUGGCCUAUCGCACUGGGAGGCCUCGGGGGCCAGCAGCGUGGCGCCUGGCCCAUCAGACUGCCAAGCAGAACCAUGGCCCAUCAGACUGCCGAGCAGAACCAUGGCCCAUCAGACUGCCGAGCAGAACCAUGGCCCAUCAGACUGCCGAGCAGAACCAUGGCCCAUCAGACUGCCGAGCAGAACCAUGGCCCAUCAGACUGCCGAGCAGAACCAUGGCCCAUCAGAAUGCCUUACAUAUGAGCAGGGUCACCGCCCAGACAGAACCAACCAUCCAACCCCUCCAAGAGAUCAAACGAAACGUCCUACCUUAAAUUGGUUAUGUUCAAUAUCGACAGGAAUGAUGACGAUAGUGAUUAUUGAUUAUGAUGAAAAUAAUAAUGAGGAUGGGUAAUAAUAGUUGUAUUUAUUCUGAGUUUCUUUGUUUUGCACAGAAGUGUUGGGCUGGCGGGGAGGGAUGAUGGAGGUGAUGUUGUCACAUUGUGAGGUUACAUUGCUAUAGCAUGUCCUGUGUCCACUCAGUGGGAACAGUUGCAAAGUCUUCAUUUAUGUGAGGCUGGUCGUAAUUUUGAGAACGCAGUCAACCAUAGUUUGAUGUGUACAUAGUACAAACUCCUUUCAUCCCUACCUAGCUCCUCUUAGAAUCACAUAGCCCUAACUAGACCUAUGUUGACAGACACAUACAGCUACUUAACCCCUUCCAAACAGAGCUACAGCUACUUAACCCCUCAGACACACCUACAGCUACUUAACCCCUCAUAGACACACCAACAGUAUACUUAACCCCUUAUAGACACACCUACAGCUACUUAACAUCUCACAGACACACCUACAGCUACUUAACCCCUCACAGACACACCUACAGCUACUUAACCCCUCACAGACACACCUACAGCUACUUAACCCCUCAUAGACACACCUACAUCUACUUAACCCCUUUUAGAAACACCUACUUAAUCCCUCACAGACACACCUACAUCUACUUAACACCUCACAGACACACCUACAGCUACGUAACACCUCACAGACACACCUACAGCUACUUAACUCCUCAUAGACACACCUACAGCUACUUAACCCCUUUUAGACACACCUACUUAAUCCCUCCCAGACACACCUACAUCUACUUAACCCCUCAUAGACACACCUAUAGCUACUUAACCCCUAAUAGACACAGCCCUUCUCUGCUGAAUGGAAAUGUGUUAUGAACAUGAAAACACACAGUUGUUUUCCAUCAACAUAUUUCAUAAAUGUUAGAAUACUGGGAAGGGUGGGGCUAAUUAACAACACAGGUCCAAAUAAACUUCACCUUACCGAGCCUGACAGCGCAAGUUGCGCAUUACAACAACACUGUUGAUGAAUGAAGAAUAGAAAGAAACAUUGAAAAUGGAGAAGAAAAAAACAGACUCAUUUUACAACCCAAGAGUUUGCAUUGCUGUGUGUGUCUGCACAAUCACAGCACUACAAGAGCCUGGAACUGGCUUUGAAAUUGCACUCCAUCCCUCCCGCCUGCGCUCUCUGUGAAACCAUUGAAAUAGUUUGUCUUUUAGUGGAAGAAAAGAAGAAACCACACAUCUUUUUUACUUUAAAAAAGUAGAACAUUGUUAAACAGUAAAAAGGGCAUUGCUCCCCCUUCUUCAAACCCCAAACUCAUCAUAGUUGGCCAACGAUACCACUAAAUAGCCUGAAUGCUAGUCGUUAGCAACUCCAUCCUUGUGUGUCUUUCAUUUUUUUAGACAAUCAUGUUGUUGAUUUUUGUUUUUUGUUUUCAUUUUUGUUGUUGUUGAUGUUAUUGCUGUUGUAUGUUGGAAAUCGUAUUUAUUUCUUGGCAAACUGUAGUUUGUUUACUGAAUAGCACUGCUCUUACCCUUAGCGAAGGGGAGAUUCCUCGCUACUCCAGAACUCAAUGGGGUUUGUAGAUGACGUUUGAGUACCGGAUAGUAUUAAACAUACCAUUCACUCUUUAUUCUUCUAAUGAAACUGGUUGAUGAUGAAUAGAUAUUACUUAGGAUUUUUGUAUGACAGUUUAUUGAUUCAAUUGUAAAUGAAAAAAACAUUAUAAAGAAAUGACGAAUAAAAAAAAAAAAAGCCAGGUAUAAUUUCUUCAUAAUCGCAUGAUUGGUCUGAUCUGUGUCUGACGUUUUUCUACGGUUGUCAGCAAGCUUGUGUGACGUUCAGUCCAUGUUAAUCCCUUGUGCCAAACCUAUAAUAAAUAACAGAUUAUAUUCAUUUAUCUUCACAUUUUGAGGGACCAGAUUUUUUUUUUCGUCGUUGUUGUUUUUUGUUUAUAAUCCAUUUAAAAAAGUAAUCAGCGAGUUGAGGUACUUUGUUUUAAUGCUUUCUACGAUGUAACUGUAAUGCAUUUCAAUUCAAUACUGUGGGAGGAGCAACUAAGAAAUAAAAGACUACAAUGUGG